CUGGAGAGAAACCGGUCAUGGCGCAUGCGCACAAAUAUAUUGUUCUGCGUCAUCACUGUGCGACGAGCCGAGUCAAUAUGGCGAGCGGUAAGAAAAGUGCACUUCUGUCUUCUUUAGCCGCUUAUGGAGACGAUUCAGAGCAAGACUCAGAUCCAGACACCGAUGAACAAGAGGCUCAUGGGGGAUUGGUGUCGGCCGGUUACGGGGACGAUGACGCCGGUCGAGCAGAGGAAGGAGACGAGAGAGACUCGGGGAACGAAGAGAGCGACGAGAACGACGGAAUCUCGGAAGCGGACGAUUCUGACUCGGCUGAACCUCACGAGGAUUCAAAGGAUGUUAUAACGGGUGAGAAGAAGGAUCCCAAUGAGUUGGUUGCCCAGUUUUCAGAGAAAGUGAGGAACAUGUCUCCUGAGGAAAUCCGUAUUCCUCCUGAACCCCCAGGCCGCUGCUCCACCCAUCUACAGGAGAAGAUUUAUAAACUGUAUGAGAGGAAGCUGCAUGGAGACUUCGACACCAACAGCCACAUCCAGAAGAAGAAAGAGUUCCGUAACCCCAGUAUUUAUGAGAAGCUGAUCCAGUUCUGUGGUAUUGAUGAACUCGGGACGAACUACCCAAAGGACAUGUUUGAUCCUCACGGUUGGUCUGAAGAUUCGUAUUAUGAAUCAUUAGCCAAAGCUCAGAAAAUUGAGAUGGAAAAACUGGAGAAAGCCAAAAAGGAGCGGACGAAGAUUGAGUUUGUGACGGGAACGAAGAAAGGCACGAGUACGAACGCCGCUGCCGUGACCACCAACACCACCAACACCACCUCCUCAGAUGCUCAGAAGAGGAAGAGUAAGUGGGACUCGGCGGUUCCGGUCACUCUCUCCCAGCCGGCUCUGCUCACCACCACAGCCACGCUGCCCGGGGUCGUCUCCGUCACCACCACCGCCAGCGGCACCAAGACCACCGUCAUCUCCGCCGUGGGCACCAUCCUGAAAAAAGCCAAGCAGUGACCUCACACACCUGAGCCAGGUAACGCCCUGCUCACAGGAAGUGAUGUCACGCUCCCGUUUAACUGGACUGCUUUCCAUUGGCUGAGAAAGUGGCUGAAGUGGACUGGACCUCAGCGAUGAACUGCUCAGUACCGGACUUUAUUAUCCAAAUUAAUGAGUUCUGACCGCUCGCUAGUCCUGUUCUCACCACACUGAGGUUUUAUUCUCUCUUCACGUCUCUCUUCACGUCUCUCUUCACAUUUCUCUUCGCGUCUCUCUUCACGUCUCUCUUCACGUUUCUCUUCGCGUCUCUCUUCACGUCUCUCUUUGCCUCUCUUCACCUCUCUCUUCGUCUCUCUCCGCGUCUCUCUUCGCGUCUCUCUUCGCGUCUCUCUUCGCGUUUCUCUUCGCGUCUCUCUUCACGUCUCUCUUCGCGUUUCUCUUCGCGUCUCUCUUCACGUCUCUCUUCGCCUCUCUUCACCUCUCUCUUCGUCUCUCUCCGCGUCUCUCUUUGCGUCUCUCUUCGCGUCUCUCUUCGCGUCUCUCUUCGCCUCUCUCUUCGCGUCUCUCUUCGCCUCUCUCUUCGCCUCUCUCUUCGCGUCUCUCUUCGCGUCUCUCUUCGCGUCUCUCUUCGCCUCUCUCUUCGCCUCUCUCUUCGCCUCUCUCUUCGCCUCUCUCUUCGCGUCUCUCUUCGCCUCUCUCUUCGCCUCUCUCUUCGCGUCUCUCUUCGCGUCUCUCUUCGCCUCUCUCUUCGCCUCUCUCUUCGCGUCUCUCUUCGCCUCUCCUCGUCUCCCUUUGAUCUGUAAAUCGUUCCCAGCUCAGGGGUUCAGUGGAAAUGCGUUUGCGAUCUUCUUUUUCAUUUUUAUCUGUUUUUAAUUUUGCACAAUAAACAUUUUCACAGCCGAUCUGCUAGCCAUCUUCAUCUUCAUCUUCACGUGAAUUUCAUUCUGUCUGAAACACACCGAGCUGCCGAAUGUUUGUGUUUAUUUUUUAUUUUCCGGAUGAUGGUGUGGUCAUGAGACGAAGUAAAUCAGUGAUUUAUUCCCGAUGAUGAUGAGGAUAAAAAUAAACAUUUUGUAUUGUUGUGUA